AUGUGGGGCACAGAGUGUAAUGAAAGGCUUCGAAGGCUUUGCAGGUCCGGGUUAUUCUCAUGUCUCCCUGAGGAGACUGAAGUACAUACUGUAGGCCUUGGUACUUCGAUCCUACUUAUUACCCCCUCACCGGCUCUCGACCACACGCCUCCCGUUUACUCUUCCAUAUAUUUGUCGUCCUGCCGAUCAUCGGACUCUCCGGACAGUUUCCCUUCUGAUCAGAAAAUGAAGAUGUACAGUGAUAUCGGCAAGGUGGCAAAAAAGCUCCUCACGGAUGACUAUAUCUUCACUAACAAAAUCAAGGUCGCCUCCAAGACCCAGGACGGAUGUUCCUACACGGUAACCGGCGUCCAGAAUCCCAAAGACGACGCCAUUGCUGCUGAAGUUAGCACCAAAUUGAAGGCGAGGGGCGCUACAGUAACCGGAAAGCUGCAGACCGGUGCCAAAGACCCAAUCAUCGAAGCAAAGUACGAAACAAAGGACUCAGACGGCCGCAACUACACUGUGGCUGGAGAUUUCAGCCGCAACUUGGCCAAAUCCCACGUCGAAUUUAUCAGCGGACCGCUGGGCAUCAAGAUUGGCGCUGAUGUACUGGCGUCUCAUAUUACCGGCUCGGCUGCAGUCGCCAUUUCGAGCUCUCAGUACUCAGGGUUUGCCGUUGCAGGUGCGGAGACGCAGUACAAUAUAGCGGAUAAGGAGGUGUCGAAGCUCAAUUAUGCGCUGAGUUUCUUUGAUGGGCGCGAAAGUGAAUGCACGCUUCACGUGUUGGAUCAAGCAAAGUCGGGUAUGAUUAGCUACUCGCACCACGUGCGUCCAGGCUUUUCCGUGGGCGCGCAAGUGCUUUACGUGCGCGAAUCUGCCGCAACCUCGCUUUGCGUCGGAAGUGCCUACCGUCUGGACGGCGCUACCACCGUCAAAGGCAAGCUAGACUCGGCGGGUACUCUCUCGCUUUCGUAUAUCCAGAAUGUACGACCUAAUACAACCUUAAUCAUGUCUAGCAAGUUCAACACAACCAAUUUUGACUCAGCCAAGUUUGGUUUCUCAUUGGCACUUGAAUAAUGUGCGGAGAGAGGACAAGGUAUGCGCAGCGUUUUUUCCUAGUCAGCAGGGCAUGCUUGUUUCAUGAAGCGUCAGAUUUGUACCAUUUUUAUGCGCGUUUGAGAAACAGCUUGUGAGUUUUAAAGCAUGUAUCAGUGGCUGAUGUUUCGCUACGUCAUUA